ACCAAGUGACAGCCCCGUCGAAGAUAGAAUUACGCCGUACCCAAACACUCCCAAUUUCAGAUUCCUCCCGCGCUAAUUCCCCCAUUCGAAGUGGAAAACCUAACCCCUCUUUCGGUUCUUCUUCUUCGCCUCUCUCAGUCUCUCUCUCUCUCUCUCUCACAGACACACACACACACACAGAUGUCUCAGCCCAUCACCGUAGACAUCCUCUCCGACGAUGACGACGACGACGAACCGCAAAACGAUGCCGUCCCAACCCAACGGAAGUGGCAAAUGACAGUACCACCAAACAAUGCCGUCUCAACCUCGAAACGGCCAAGAAUCGAACACUUUUCGAACCCCGCGAUUCUCCUCAUCGACGACGAUCCAACCCCGAAGAAGGCGAUCGUCCCCAUUUUCACGCCGUCGCCGAUUGUGGCCGAAACCCCGAUGAUCGAGUUCUCGAAUCGUGACGUGGCUGUUGUGAAGCGCAAAAGCAAAGGUUUAUCAGGUGCGAUGGUUCCCACCUCCACGCAGUCGAUUGUAGCUGAAACCCCAAUGCUCGAUUUCUCGAAGCCUGAUGUGGCUUUUGUGAAGCGCAAUAGCAAGAAGUUAUCUGAUCCCAAAAGGUUCCCAGUUCCCAUCUCCACGCCGUCGAUAGUAGCCGAAACCCCAAUGCUCGAUUUCUCGAGUCCCAAAGCGGGUAUUGGGAAGCGCAACAGCAAGGGUUUAUCUGAUCCCCAAAAGUUCUCAGGAAUCUGCGGGUUAGUAUGUUUGGAGUCUGACAACGAGUCUGAAAAUGGUUCUGGGAAUGAAAAUUGGAAGCAGAGUGAUACUUCAGGUAGUACUUGUGAUGUGGCAACGGAUUCAGAGAUGAGUUCAAGUCUAGUUGGUUCUGAAUCUUCCCCUGUUACAGAAGAAAGCUUAUUAGCACAUGAGAACUUAACACAAAUGUCUGUGGACAGUUCUCUUCAAAUCUCUUCUGAAGAUGGCAGCACCCAGGCAAAUGAUGCUCCUGAUGAAGAGAUUGACAGACCGGAGCCAUCGGAGAACAUCUUGAAGCGGAAAAGUAGAAGUAAGGUCAAUGCAAAUAAGGAAAAUGAUGGCGAUGACGGAAACAAAAAAAGGAAGAAAACCAAGGAAGGAAAAGAACAACUCAGAGAAAGAGAGAAGUUGCGAAAAGCAGCCAUGAAGGUUGAGGCUGCAAGAGUUCGGUUGAAGGAAGAAAAUAACCAACUUAGAGAAAGAGAGAAGUUGCAAAAAGAAGCCAUGAAGGCUGAGGCUGCAAAACUUCGGUUGAAGGAAGAAAACAACCAACUCAGAGAAAGAGAGAAGUUGCAAAAAGAAGCCAUGAAGGCAAAGGCUGAGGCUGAGCUCAACCAACUUCGGUUGAAGGAAGGAAAAAAACAACUCAGAGAAAGAGAGAAGUUCCAAAAAGCAGCCAUGAAGGCUGAGGCUGCAAGACUCCGGUUGAAGGAAGAAAAAGACCAACUCAGAGAAAGAGAGAAGUUGCAAAAAGAAGCCAUGAAGGCUGAGGCUGAGCUCAAAAGAUUUCGGUUGAAGGAAGAAAAAAACCAACUCAAAGAAAGAGAGAAGUUGCAAAAAGCAGCCAUGAAGGCUGAGGCUGCAGAGCUCAAAAAAUUAGAAAAGGAAAAACAAAAGUGGGAGAAGGGAAAGUUUGCUUUAAAUUCCAUUGUGGCCAAUGUUGAUGCUAAAGUAGUUGAACUGGGGUCAGUUGGAGGACACCUCCUUACAAGAUUUGCAGAGAAAGGUCUUACAUAUCGGAUAACUUCAAAUCCAAUUGAAAGAUCUAUAGUGUGGAAUAUGGCUGUUCCUGAUCAGAUUUCCAAGCUUUCCUCCAACAGUGAUGACAUUCCGUAUGUACUACUUGUCGUUGAAGCUGAGGAGUUUUGCAACCUUGUUAUUAAUGAAACUCUCAUGCAACAUGUUUCCUGUGUUCGAAGCCGUUAUCCAUCUCAUACUAUUUGCUAUGUGACAAAUAGGCUAAUGGCAUAUAUCAAUAAAAGGGAACAAGAACAGUACAAGAACCCUGAUAAGUGUAGCAGUUGGAGACGCCCCCCUGUUGAAGAGGUGCUUGCGAAAUUAACCACUCAUUCUGUUAGGGUACAUUCAAGGCAGUGCAUAGACGAAGCUGAAUUAGCUGAACAUGUUGUUGGGUUGACUUGCAGCUUGGCCUCUUGCCGAUUCAGAAAGAAGUUAACACGGUUAUCUGUAAAUGCUAAUGGUUCCCUUAUCCCCAAGGACUGCAUCGACAAGGAUCUAUUCAAAAAGAACUUGUGGUUAAAAGCGCUGAUUGCAAUCCCAAAGGUACAACCACGAUUCGCACUUGCUAUCCGGAAGAAAUACCCUACAAUGAGAUCCCUCCUGAAUGUUUACAUGGAUCCAAACAAAUCGGUGCACGAGAAAGAAUUUUUGCUCAAGGACUUAACAAUAGAAGGACUACUCGGCGACGAUAGAAGACUGGGCGAGGUUUGCUCGAAAAGAGUUUACAGAAUAUUGACUGCGCAAUCCGGAAGUAGCAACACUGAUGACGUUGAGGAUGGUGCUGAUUUCUUUAGCCGGACUUCGAUAACUCCCUCAUAGUUCUUAAAGUUCACCUUAAGUUGAUAUUGGAGAGCAGGUGAGUGAAGCUGCUGUAUAUACAUUCCCUUUCUAAUAGCCUUCUGCAUCUGCCUGUGUUUAUAGCUGUCCUUUUUGUAGCACUUGGGUUACGAGUAUUCUGCCAAGGAUUUCAUAAGUGUUUGGAAUCUGGAUGAUGUCAAGGGUCUGAAAUGAAGAAGAAGAAGAAGACUGCUGAACUUAUGUCCGGGUCUGUUUCGAUGUCAUUUUUGUUCUUCGUGCUGAUUUGUGUAGGGUUUUCUUCUUCUUCUUUUUUUAUCCGCAAAAACGCCCCUCGGGCUGCUGAUUUGUGUAGGUUGUUUCGGGAUACUGUGGUGGUUGGCUCCUUACCAACUACUAUUUCUCUGUCUUUUUUCCUGGCGCUUAAUUAGUCAAUCCACGGCUAUGUUGCUCAUCCUGUAUCCUUACAAAGGUUUUUAUACUUUUAACUCUAGUGAAUAAAAAUUCCCCUUUAUGGAAAAAA